AGGCUGAGACACACCUCCUCCUUUCCCUCCAUCACACACACACACACACACACACACACACACACACUCUCAGGAAGGCAUAAGCGAGUGUGAGAGCGUCGCUGGUGAAGCAGACAACAUGUAAGGCAGCAUGAAGGACGGCUCUGCUCCGGGAGGCUCACGGCAGGUGCGGUAGCGGUGAAGCUGCACCUCGGGAGGCGCGGGUGGAGGUGGGGGGGGGGACAGCCUGCCUGCUUCACCAUGUCCAUCGCAUCCGAUCAACUCACUGGCGACACGGCUGUGUUGAUCUUGAAUCACACUGAAUGGAGAGCAUUGAAGUUCCUUUAAGAUGACACGGACGCAUCCCCCUGAUAUACUGGCAUCGACUCUAUAUCGGGACUUUACUCUAAAUCCCCUUACUGACCACUCCAUUUCUCUCCACUCCUCCCGGCAAUGUGACUUAAAAAUGAUCGACAAACCAGAAAUCAUCAACAAAAGACACUGCCGUAGCUUUGACUUCAUUGAGUCACUGGAUGACCCGCAGUCCUUCUCUUCCUCAAUGGAGUACCCUUACAAGAGGACUGAGCAUCAGACAUUAAACAAAGAUGUUAUGUGGAAUGGACUAGAUCAACCGGGGCACCUUCGCUUUUCAUCUCCAGAUCUUUUCAACACCAGGCAGUUCCAGCAGCACACCACCCAGGACAAAACCAGCCAUCUUACAUGGACAGAUUCUAAAAAGAGAACAAGAUCUAAAAGCGCUCCAAGAAUUAAGGCCACCCUCACUCCUGUGCCAAUCUCAGUAUCUCCUCCAGGAGCCGGGAAGGGGAGGGAUGCACCUCAGGCUGCAUCAGAUACCUUAAGGACUUCUGAAACACAUCGAGAAUCGUACUCUUCAAACAGGGCUUUUUUGAAUGAUGUGCAUCCUAUCAAACUGCAACCUCAUUCUCCCCUCUAUGUCUCAGACUGUUUUGAGGAGGAUAAACCAGAUAAACCAGCCAUAACCCCUCAUGUCAGGUGCCGUGUGGACAUUAAACCAGAUGCUGCUGUACUGCAGCACACAUCUAGACAGGUUCCCAAUGUACGGACUGAUCAUCUUUGGCAGAGAUACUCCCAGGCCAGUAGCAGUAGAGGUUUGUAUGUACCACGACAGAUUGUCUCCUCACCAACGCCCACUCCAAGCGAAUGCUACAGUGGAGAUUUUAGACAAGGAUACCACUAUACCACCAGCAUGUCACCCAUCUCUUACCAGCAUCUAGACAUGCACAGAAUGCCAUCGCCAACAGCACCAUAUCUGAGUCAAGAACAAAGAGCUUAUUCAAAUCCUAACAUACCAACCAAAUUUUUCUAUACAGAGGACCCUGUUCGGUACCCAGUCCAUCCCUAUUCUAGAGCAUACUUUCAGGAUGAUCGGUCCAGUCUAACCAGCCAUGGAAGUACAAUGACCAGUCAGUAUGAUCCAAGGACUCGAUGGGUGCACACCCUUCCUGUCAGGUCGUAUUACACAGACCACCUUUCCAACAGAGAGCCAACACACUCUGUAUAUAGUAGACCUUACUCCACAAGUGAGGCAGGGUCAUACUUUUCCCAAACUCCACUAUCUAGACCUUACUAUGGAGAGGACAACCGGUUCAAUCCAUACCAUAUGAGUAGCUCAAGGUUGUUUUAUUCAAAACCGUACAGCUCUCCCGAGGAGCAGUACUUUCCAUCAAGGCCAUAUCAUACUGAGGGUCGCCGACGCCCUCGGAUGUCCCAGGCCUUUUCAGAUGACUGGUAUCGCUCAAGUAUAUCUGGAUACUCUAACCAGUCCUCUCAGCACACACCACCGAGAGUGAGGCAAGACCCCAGUAUACCCCCAUGGUUUACUAACAGCUGUGUGGAGACAAGUAGACUUGGAGCAGAGGUCAAAAACCACUCCAAGUCUUGGGACAAUAUUUUGUAUCCACGGCAUGACAGAGAGCAAUCAGUACCCCGUGGACGAAGCUAUGAGAACCUGUUUUACCAAGCAAGGCAUGGAGCGGCCUCUGAUAUUACAUCUCAACCUGUCAUACUUAACCUCUCAAGUUCACCGAGGCGCUACGCUGCGCUUUCGCUCUCUGAAACCUCGCUAGAGAGGGGCUCAAGCAAUCCAUGGAGGAAUACCAAGAGUGGGCACUGGUUUGUAACUCCUGAGAUUACCAUAACAGACAACGACUUAAAUGCAGGCAACAGCAAGCGGCGUGAUGUGCACUCUGUCAGCUGGGAUUUGUUGGAUGGUGAAAAGACGCCAUCCCCGAAAGUAGUGCAUCAGAAGCAGUCAUCCAACACAGCGGACAUAAGCAAAGACAGGAAACACAACAACUUCUCCCUCCAGCAGAGUCUAGAGCAACUGGACGAACUCUUAGCUGAUUUGGUUGUUGAUUACAAACCACCAACGUGCAGAAAGUCAAGCGAAGACCUUUUAGACCAACUAAAACAGUUGAUUACUGAAGACGAUGACAAAGACAGAGGAUCUUCUGGACUUGAAAACUUAGGAUGUCUGAACACACAGCUCCCAUCCUCCAAAUCCAGCCCUGACACAAUCAAAGACCCUGAUAGUGGAUGUGAUGCUUUACAAAGGAGUGCAGAAGAAUGUUCUCCAGACCACAGCACAGAUGAAGAUGACACUAUGGUGUGUGCUAACAAGAAGUGCAACCGGUCUGAAAGCAUGUUCAAUGCCUGCUUGUACUUCAAAUCUUGUCACAGUUGCUACACCUUUUACUGCUCACGAAACUGUCGCAGGGAUGACUGGGAGACCCAUAAAGAGACCUGUCUGUACGGUCGUGUCAACAGUGUGUGUCGACACACUCUUAAGUUCUGCAGAGAGAAUUCAGAGAUCCACAAAGCUUUCUCUCGCGUUGCUAAAGCUGGCUAUCUCUCCAGAGGGAGAGGCGUUCUCUUUCUGGGUUUUGCUAAUCCAGAGACAGCUGACAACUUCCUGCAAGUUGGGCUUGAAAGCCUCCUCAUGUCUCCCACGUACUUAUCUCUCAGAGAGCUGGAUGGCUUCAAGGACAACCUAGGCGAGUACUGCAAGGAGCUGCAGCUUGCAGGUAAUGAGUACGACCCCAAUGAAUGUUUCCUUCUGAAUGUAUCCGUAGCUGUCGGUGAACUAGUGCCUAACAGACCUUCACCAAGGGUUCAAGCACCAACAGUUCGAAAAUAUGCAAAGGUAUCCUUGGCCUCCUCAAGCCCUGACAAAAAGGUACUCAAGAAGGAUAGUGAAAUGGAAACUCUCAUCCUCACUCCGCCUCCGGGCACACCGGACAUUGACAAAGAGGGGGAGGAGGGAAGAAAAGCUAGAGAGGUGUGCUUUGUCAAUAUCCAGCGUGAGCUCAGGACCAGAGGAGUCUUCCUUCGUCACGAGUACCCCAAAAUCUAUAAUCAGCUGUGUGAGUUUGUGGAAAGCAACAAAAGGUUCACUCCAACUACAAUUUACCCAAUAGAUAAGAGAACGGGGAAACAGUUCAUGUGCAUGAUCAUGGCUGCAUCCGAGCCAAGAACACUGGACUGGGUGGGUACGCCUCAUCUCUUGGAUGAUAUUAUAUAGUAUAGCACUAAAUAGUAAUGAUAAUGAUGUCAGCACCACUAAAUGUACAUACUGUAAAUACAUAGUGUGGUUUAGCAAAUUGAACAUUGGUAUGGAAAUAUGUGUACAUAUGUGACCAAUCUCUCUUUCUGGCUCUUAUUUCUCUCGGAUGCCACACAUACAAACACUCACACACACAUACACUAUAUACACACAUUUUUAAAGGUUGCCCUAUGUUGUUAAUGGCUUGUUUUGAUCCUGUUGCACUCAGAAGAGUUAAUAGCCUGCAUGUAGACUAGGCACAAACCCAGUUAUCCAGGUGUUUAAGAUGUGAAAAUGUAUGAUCUGUGCAGUUUCUGCAGACAAUGUAUGAAGCACACAAUAUUUAUGGAGUACACAUCUCAUUGCCACCACAUAAUAGUAGGCACAGCCAGGUCUCAUAUUGUAACAGUCAUCCACUAUUGAUUUCUCCAAAAAUGUUAUAUCAGAAAUUUAUAUUAUAACUUGUCACAGUGGUUGUAAUAUUACAACUGUUUAUUAGUACGUAAGUAUUAUUUCCUAAGUAUACUGUAGUUGUGUGGGUAUUUUUUUUAUUAUUAUUGCUAUAUUAGUUAUUGUUUGAUAGACAAAGAAGUACAAUCAAACCACCUAUGUGUUUUACCACUUGAUUAAGAAUUUCAGUUGGAACUUAUUUCAUCUCGUGAUAAGACUUGAUGUCAUUCUUGUAUAAAUUGCUUUGUUUGAAAGUGGCCUUCAGUCGAAAAAAAAAAAAAGCAUUUGACACAAAGCAAUGUAUAGGUUUAGCUAUUUCUAAAGGCUUGACAGCUCUUGACUUAGGUUGUUUGAACUACCAUUGUAAAUGAACAAUUAUUUUGCUCAAAGCAUGUUAUUUAUAUUCAGGUAUUUUAAUAUUGAUAUUGCUUAUAAUUAAAUUGAUUAUGUUAAUGAGAUACCAUUUGAUGCUUAGAAAUGUAAGAGGUAUAUAUAUUGAAUAUUAGAUCAUUUGAACAUCAUGACCUUGAGACCUUAUUGUAACUAAUACCACAGUAUGUUCUUAAACAAUAUGCAAUAAAAGAGCAACCUUAACAUCUAUAUUGUAAAAUCCUAUUUUAUUAUUAAUAUUGAAUAAUCCCUUGGAGCCAAGAGCUGCAAAGACUUUGCACUAAAACAUAAAUGAUAAAAUGAGAAUGUUCCUAACACAGCUGCAGCACUGAUAUGAUGAUAUGCCUGCUUCCAUUGCCAUUGUUGACUAAUCUAAGGUUGCUCUUUUACUUGAUUAUAUAUAUCUUUGUGCAAGACCUUCCUCAACUUUAUAUUUUGUGAUGUUUAUAACCCAUAUAUAUAUAAAUAUAUAAUAAAUGGAAUUUAACAAGUGAA